GGACGUGGACGUUGAGUGCGCGCGAGUCGCAGGCGCGCGCGCCGGGAAACUCAUUCGAUCGCAUCGACCGCUGCACGAACGCCGCACAUCGGGAAAAUUUGCCUGAAACUUUUUUUUAUAAACAUGAUUUUCUAUCGACCGAUUUGUAUAUUCGCCGCGUCAUUCGAUUUUCGAAUCAAAUAGUGCAAGUUCCACUCAUGAAAUAUUCGGGAUGUGCUUCCAAAACAAAAGCUCCGGUCAAAACGUUUGUUGUUUAUGUUUGAAUCGUUUCACGGACACGCUUGAGAAACUGAGAUUCCUAAUGCUCCAACGGGUUCUACCGCACCAAUGGACGAAAUGGAUUUUGUGAACGUGAUAAGUGAUAUUUCUAAGGACUUUAUAAGACUGUGAUAUUUAAAAUAGAAUAUUGUAUUUCUUGUUUAAACAUAAAAGAGUUGUGCUUGAAAACUAGUCAAGAUGAUGUCCACAAAGCAAUUGGCGUGCAUGCUGGCCCUGCACAUCGUAUACCUGCUGGUGGGGGCGAGUAUAUUCUACCACAUAGAGAGCCCCCUGGAGCUGGCGCAGCGGGCCGAGGAGAAACUGGAAAGACUUGAAAUCCAAAAUCUCCUAUACGAGAACUACAUUCCAAACGACCCUGACAAGCAGGACACGAUCCUGCGCAAGCUGUCCGACUACUGUGGCAAGUCAAUGUUCAACUACACCACUGAGGAUGCGGAGCCUCCUUACAAGUGGGACUUCUACCACUCUUUCUUCUUCUCCUAUACUGUUGUCAGUACUAUUGGUUACGGCAACUUAGCUCCAACGACGCACUUGUCAAGAAUCCUGAUGAUCUUCUAUGGUCUGUUCGGUAUACCGAUCAACGGUAUCCUCCUCGCCAACCUUGGUGAAUACUUUGGUAUGCAGUUGAUCACCGUGUACCGAAAGUACAAGAGACGCAACGAGAAACGGGCUGACAAUCUGGACUAUUUCUUCCAUAACCUGGGGAUGUUGGGUCAGAUCUUCCUCUACUUGGUGCCAGGAUUCUUAUUCUUCAUCUUCCUGCCUGCUUGCAUCUUCGUCGUCUUUGAGGGAUGGGACUACGUAGCCUCCAUCUAUUACGCGUUCGUGACCCUUACCACCAUUGGUUUUGGCGAUUUGGUUGCUGGCACUGUGAACAACGGCUUCAAAUACGGAUAUUUCUUCACCUACCAGAUAUUCCUCAUUGUUUGGAUCACAUUUGGUCUGGGCUACAUUGUCAUGCUGCUUGGUUUUAUCACAAGUGGCAUGAGAUCGGAAAGUGUACACAGAAUUGAGCAGAAACUUGCCUACCAGUUCAAAUCUACACAAAACAAAAUUCUGCAAGGAUUUACCAGAGAUAUGAAUGUUAUACGAAAGAUAAUAAAUGAAGCAAAUUUGAUCAAAAUCAAGCCCAUCUACGUUGAAGCCACUCCACAACUGUACAAAAGCGCCAGCUGCCCUAACUUUACAUUUGACGUAGAGCCGAGGGGUCCAAUUGCCAGAAGAAAGCGAGCUAAUUCAGAAAAUAUUCACCUUUCUGCUAAAGAUAUGCUUCGUAUACAGUCUGAUACUGAUUUACUUGGAAUAGACAAAGAUAAGACAUUCAGCGCUCAAGCUAUCGUCAAGCCUGCAGAACUAUUAGCAAGAGUAGUUAAUGUACUGGGAGGAUUGGAACAACCGCAACAAGAAAAAGGAGUUCACAUGUUUGACGAUGAACAAAUCUUAGCAAGUGAAAAACCACCAAUGUUCAGUAUAGGAAAUGAUAUCAUUACGAACUCUCCGAAUGUAAGAAAUAGGGCUUUAAGUGUGGCUGUACCUAAUUAUAGGAAAGAAUCUGUCGCCAAAAUAGACCACGAACUUACAUGGACUAAUGGUGAUUCAGCAGAAAAAUAUAGAAAGGAAGCCAAUUUUAGAAGUGGAAAGCUAUCGCUGCCUAAUAACUCAUACAUUCCGCCAGAACAGGAUAAUAGUCAAAACAAAGGCAACAUGCUCACAAGACUAUUUUCAAGGAAUACGGGCACAACUGAUAACCCGGCUGAUUAUCUCAAGAAUACUAUGAAAGGUAGAGUAAGUGUUGCUCAGGGAGCAACGGAGCAUGUUGCCGAGAAACCAAAAGGUAGGCGAGGAAGUAUUUUUCCAACAUUUGGUUUUGGUCAAGAAGAAAAGAGUGAUGCAGACGCAUACAAAGAAAAGACAAGACGAGGUAGACAUAGUAUAUUCCCGACAUUUGACUUUGGAGAAGAUGAAGACGAGGAUAUGGCAAAGGCAUACAGAGAGAAAACAAAACGUGGACGGACAAGUAUUUUCCCAACAUUUGAUUUUUCCGAAGACGAAGAUACAGCAGCAAUUAAGGCAUAUCAACAGAAAACCAAACGACACAGCAUAUUUCCUACUUUUGACUUUAGCGAAGAUGAAGAUGCCGCCGCUUCAAAAGCCUACAGAGACAAAACAAAGUCUGGUCGAAAAAGUAUAUUUCCUACUUUCGAUUUUAGCGAUCCUGAAGAAGAUACUGCUAAAAAAUACAAAGAAAGUACUCGGCGUGGCAGACGCAGUAUAUUUCCUACUUUCGAUUUCAGCGAGCAAACUAAUGAUGAAGAAGAUGAUACAGUAGACGAAGAAGAAUUACAGAGAUAUCAAAACCGAACUAAAAAAGGACGAUUAAGUCUAUUCCCCACAUUCGGUAAGAAUAAGAAAACUGAUGAAGAAGCUGUAAUGCCGGAAAGUUCUGAUGAAUUAGAGAAUUACAAGAGCAAGACUAAAAAAGGCAGGUUAAGUUUAUUCCCUACAUUUGGAAAGGACCGCAAAAGCAGCACGUCACAUGAAGAGCCAGUUAGUGAUUUGGAAGCAAGUAUUAGACAAUUUCAAGCAAAAAAUGGGCGCGGAGACAUGUUUUCGGGAGAUGUACAAAAUUAUCAUAAUGCAACAGAAAGCGGACGGAGUAGUGGAUUUGAUGAGGACUUGGAGAGAUAUAGAAAUAAAACAAAACGUGGCCGUGGUAGCAUGUUUGAUCCCGAUGUAAACUUAGCUGCUCUACCACAAUCGCAACAAGUUGAGGUGUUAGAACAAACAAGUGUUGCAGAUUUAAUAAGAGCGCUAGCGGUAUUAGAAACUGCUGGUCAGAACCCAGCUGGUGCUGGACUAUUAGACUUAAUGAGUCAACCUCCGCUACCCAAACCUGCUCAAACUCGAAGACGUGGUUCAAUUAGGCCUUUAGAUUUCGUUUUGCCACCAAUACCUAGUAGAAUAGAAAAUCCUCCUAGUAAGGAGGAAACAUCUCCUACUACAGUUGAUAAUCCUAGUACUAAGAUAGAUAUGCCACAUAGCACCGAGGACGGUGCGGGUCCUAGACGAAGAAGGACAUCCGGUAGAACAGCAGCAGCGCAGUUCACUCCGACGUUAGCUACAGUGGUUGCCGGAGCAGAGUUGCAGAUACCUACGGCUACAGCUGCAAGAGAAAAUCGUAUGUCGAUGUUACAGCAGCCACCACCUACGUACUCGGAAAGUAUGAGUGAAGGAGAGCCUCAAGUUCCUAGAGUAAGAAGAUAUUCACCAGCACCGAGUGACCACAGUCGACCGAGUACAGGUCCUGUGCCAAGACUCUUCUCACGCAUACGUAAAGAAAGUUCUAGUACACCAGAAGAGGGGAACUCCAGAAGAGGUAGUUUAACAGAUGUAGUAAUAGAUAACGGUAAAGACCAAACGUAACAAAGUGCCUUUAUAGUACAAUUAUAGUUGUAAGUAUUUAAAAUGUGACUAUAUUUAUUUAGUAUUAACUUAAAUUAUAUCUCGUCCAGAAUCAA